GUAAGCACACAUUUGUUUUCACAGGUGGGUAUGUUCUGUUCUUGUUGUUGAUCAUGAAGACUGGGAAAGGGACAAAGUAAAAACGCAGUGACUCUUUCAGAACGCACUGUUACUGAGCAACACACACACACACACAAAUACACUCCGGACUACCACAGAGCCGUCAAUCAGAUCUAUCGUGCUCCAUCAUGACUGAGUCUGCUGAGGCUGCCGCUGCCAACGUGAGCAGCAGGAGACACGCCACCAUAGAGAUCACCAACCUGACAAACAACUACUGCCUCCUCAACCCAAAGGUGUAUCUUGAGAGCGGUGAAACCUCCAAUCCACCUCAGCCCACGGUGCGCCCCCUCAAGACUGAAGUAUGCACUUUCAGCAAGACCAGCGCUCAUGCCACUGGCAGCGUGGGGGUUAUGACCUACGACCUGUUCGAGCGAAGCAGAAAUGACUACAGUGAGACCCUUGCCCUCAUGUUUUCGGUCCCCUGGGACUACAAUAUGUAUAAGAAUUGGUUUGCAGUGGGCAUCUACCCGAAAGGAAAGGAGUGUGACCAGGCCCUUUAUAAAGAAAUGUACUAUCAAAAGAACCCACAGGGCUUUGUGAGGGAGGAGGCCAAUGGGUCAGGCAUUAACUAUGAGGGAAAAUUACUGGAUAUAAGGGCCACCAUGUGUCCUUUAGGCAGGGCUAUCAUAAAACUGGAGGUGUGGGACAAGCUGAUGUCUCCUUUGAGUCAGCAGGUUUCCUGAACGUAAAAACCAGGCAGCCAUUUUACUGAAUCAUAAUAAUAUAGUAACUUUUUUACAUGCCUUUAUAUGUUAUCACCUGUAUCAAAAAUGUUUGCCUCUAUAUUUACCAAUGCAAUAAAUAUAGCCCUGGGUUUUUUCUUCUUCUUUUUUUAACUUCCUAGUCAGCUCUUUGGGUAAUUUGAACUCAGUAAAAUGGUCUGAGGGUGUUUAAACUGGAUGUAAUACCUCUGUAAUAUCCCACACUUUAAACUGUUCACUUUUUCUGUCAGAAGAUCGCCUCAGAAUCAGAUGUGUGUUUUCAGUCUGCUCAUGACUAAAUCUGCUCUCAUACCAGGCAGCCAUUGUGUUGUUAUUCAGUCAAACCAUCUUCUUGGUGGCUUUUUUUUUUACUCCCUAAUCAGGGCAGAGAUCCCUGUGAACAAUAAACACUGUCUGUACUGACUGCCACUGCUGAGGUAUUUUCAAAUAAAUAUUUACCUGCAA